AUUGUAUUUUCUGUUUGUUUCAGCAAAUGUCAACACCACCGUUGCCAAACAGUACCAAACACUAAACGAUUACCUAUCAUCAAUAAAAGAAUAUAUUUUGAAUGUACCAAAUACAGUUCGCUCGUUAGUCUACAGUUUCAUACCAUUCGGAUUAGCGAAUGGCAGUUCACAACAGGAACCGAAGAACCAAUACGAGAAAACGUUUUUGAAAUUCCAAGUGGCUGCUUUUGAAAAGGAGCGCGUUGAAUAUCAGAAAGAAAUUCGAAGGCUGCAAGAUGAACUGCAGAGGACGCAGAAUAAGUCUAAUAAUUUUGAUAAAGAAAAGCAAAAGUAUGAAAAACAGAUUAAAACUUUGGAAGAGAAUCUCGCUGCAACGAAUGCAAGACACAACUCCGAAAGGGAAAGACUAGCAACCGAGUACGACGAAGAAAAACAGUUUAUGAGAAAAGAGAUCAUGAAGCUCCAGAAUCAGCUUAACAAAAGCCAACUAGAUUUUGAGCAGUUAAACAAAAUGCAAAUUGCAGGAUUCGAUAAAGAAAGGCAACAAUAUCAGCAAGAACUACGCAAAUUAUAUGCUAAAAUAAGUCAAUUAGAGAACGAAUUGGAAAAUUCUCAUAAGGGCAACGAUGUCACUGACGGAAAUCAGUCCGAAAAUGAAGAAGAUGAUAAUCUAUUGAAUCCAUCCGUCAAUGAUACUCUAAAGAAAAUUGAAAAAAUUAAGAGAGAGGUCCUAGAUAUUAAAAGAUCCGUGUCGACGUUUAUUGGAAAGGAGAAGUGCGAAGAUGUCGAAAAAUUUAACGAGGUACUUAUUAAUCAUUUGGCCGAAUUAGAAAAUAUAAAGGCAAAAGGACACAAAAUCAUUAAGAAGGAAAGGCAGGAAGCCAUAAAACUUUUAAAAAAACAUUUAGAUGAGCUUAAAGGCAAAAAAUAAAAUUUUCCUUUUUUUCCCCCGUUUUGUUGUUUAUGUUUUAAUUACAUUUGUAACAAACUAACUUAUAAAAUUGUCUGUAUCGUUUUCGUUUAAUAUAUUCUUUUUUAUAUAUAAAAAAAA